UCUUCACUUGCUUACUCCAUUUGUUGUCUCUCUCUAUCCCUCUCCUCUCUCUUUCUCUGGCUGUGCUCUGUCUGUCACUGCACUCUUGAGAGUGAGAGAGAGGUUUAUGGUGAUAUGGAAGGAGUUUGAGAUUUUAUUUUUUUCAUGGUAUAAUGAGAAGACGAAUUAAUUUCUUUUUUCUUGAAGAAGAUGGCUCUGGAGGAGAAUGUACAGCUUCCCAGCUCAGCAUUGGUUCUUGAUGGGUUAUACUGUGAAGAGGAGGGCAUUGAGGAAGAUUAUGCUUGCGUUGAUGAUUGUAGUGAAGUUUAUGAUCAGGUUGUGAGAAAGGUGUCACCUUUUUCUGGUGUUUUGCUUGAACAAGACUUGUUUUGGGAAGAUGAUGAGCUACUUACUCUAAUCUCCAAAGAAAAAGAUACCCACUUUUGUUUUGAUAAUGUAGUCUCUGAUGGGUGCUUAAUGGUGGUUCGUAAAGAGGCUAUUGAUUGGGUUUUGAGGGUAAAAGCUCACUAUGGUUUCACUGCUUUGACUGGUGUUCUUGCUGUGAACUACUUUGAUAGGUUCAUUUCAAGUUUAAAUUUUCCAAGAGACAAGCCUUGGAUGGGUCAACUUGCUGCUGUGGCUUGUUUGUCUCUGGCUGCCAAAGUGGAGGAGACCCAAGUGCCUCUUCUUUUAGACUUGCAAGUGGAGGAAUCAAAGUAUGUUUUCGAAGCCAAGACUAUAAAGAGAAUGGAGCUUCUGGUGCUCUCUACUCUUCAGUGGAGGAUGAAUCCUGUGACUCCAAUUUCCUUCUUUGAUCACAUUAUGAGGAGGCUUGGACUAAAGAAUCAAUUGCAUUGGGAAUUUUUUAGGAGGUGUGAGCGUUUACUUCUCUCUGUCAUUGUCGAUUCAAGGUUCAUGAGUUAUCUUCCUUCUACGUUGGCCACCGCAACUAUGCUGCAUGUUAUUAAGGAGGCGGAGCCUUGUAAUCAAGUGGAAUACCAGCAUCAGCUUAUGUCUGUGAUCAAAAUCAGUGAGGAUAAAUUGAACGAGUGUUACAAGCUCAUUUUGGAGCUUUCAGGCAGUGAGAAUCAAAGCUGCAAGAGAAAGUAUCCAUUGACACCCAGUAGUCCAAAUGGAGUCAUUGAUGCAUACUUCAGCUGCGAUAGCUCAAAUGAGUCGUGGGCUGUGUCGUCAACAGCCUCAUCAUCACCAGUGUCUCGAUUCAAAAGAAAUAGAACCCAGGAUCAGCAGAUGCGGGUGCCCUCACUAAAUCGUUUGUCUGUAGAUGUGCUUGGCAGUCCUCACUAAUAUUUACUUGUCCUUUUGUCUACUACAAAACAUGUCAUUAUAACAUUUCUCUGUUUUGCAUAUUAAUUGUAUUAUGCAGUUCUUGAGGCGCAACCUUUUUGUGCUUUACCGAUUAUCAAUGUAUUUCGGGCGUAAAAUUUGAAACUUAAUUCAUUCUCAGUCAAAAAAAAAAAAAAAAGAGAAAUUCGUUCUGUGA